AUGGUUUCCAAGACUUUCAUGAUCGCGGCGAUGAUCGCCUACGUCGAGGCCCGUUUCGGUCAGGAGCAAGUCCCUAUCAAUGCUAUCAGCAGUGUUCAGGGUGGUGACGCUGGUGCUGCUUCUACUAUUGCUGGUGCGGCCAUCUCUGACCUGCUUGGUGGAGCAAACUCUUGCGACAAGCUCGUCCGUGCUGACCAGAUCUUCACUGAACUCGGUGGAGGUGCCGAUGCCCUUACUGCCGCUAUUGGCAUGGUUACCGCAGAGAAGAACACCAACCCCUUCGCUGGCGGUAACGCCCAGAACGUCUGUGGCGAUGCCUCGCUCCCUGUCACUCCUGAGCUUCGUGGUAUUACCCCUCUCAUCGACCCUGAUGUUGAUGUCAACGGUGAUGCUGCGGCCCUUAGCCAGAGCAGUGCUGCUUCUCCUCUUGCUGCCGAUGGCCUGAGUGUCUUUGAUCUUAUGGACCAGGCUGGUCUUGGUGACCUCGUUGUCAGCCAGGCUUCUGCCGGUGGCGCUGCUACGGGAGGUGCUGCUCAAGGUGGAAACCAGGCAGCUGCUGGUAACGGCAAUGCUGGUAACGCUGCUAACAACGGCAACGCAAACAACAACCAGCAACAGCAAGGUUCCGCCGCUGGUAACGCUACUGACAGUGCUGGUAACGAUGCCGCUGCUGGUAAUAACAAUGCCAACAACGACAACAACAACCAAAAUGCCAAUGCUGGUAACAACAACAAUGCUAACGCUGGUAACAACAACAACAACAAUGCCAAUAACAACGGCAAUGCUGGCAAUGACAACGCAACCAACGACCAAAACGACAACCAAAACAACAACAACAACAACAACAACAACCAGCAAAACGGCAACAACAACGCCGGUAACAACGCCAACAACCAGAACAACAACCAGCAAGAUGCCGCAGCAGGAAACGGUAACAACAAUGCCAACGCCGGUGCUGAUGCUGGCAACGCAGCUGGAGGAGCAGCCGGAGCUGGAGGUGAAGAUUUCGGCCUCUGCACACCUACCAUAACCUUCCAAGGCGGCGAGAAUGGUCGUGCAGCUGACGAAUUCACCUUCCAGAUCGCUGACCCCCUAGCUCGCGGCGGUCAAGGAGAAGCCCUGAAUCCCGACAUCAUCACCAACGCCCUUUGCAACCAACUGACCAAUGUCUGCGAGGCAAACGACGCUGCUGUCGCCACAUGUGAAAGUGCUGCUGCCGCUGUUAAGGGUGGAGAUAGGAACAAGGCUUUGGCGGAUCAGUUCAACAGCCUCGUUGGAUUCCCAGGUGCAGUCACAAACCCUGAUGGUGGGCCUGAGGAUGUUGCUGCUGCCGGUGCGGGUGCUGCUAAGUCGAGGAAGAUGCGCAGGGGACUCAGGAUGUAA